AUGAAAGUUGAAAUGGCUAAACAUUUUAGAAUUUUUUUGAGAAUUGUAAAUAAUCAAGAAAUGAAAAUUAUAGAUAAAAAUAUUCUUGAUGAAUUAAGAAAUUGGGGAAGAGAAAAAACUCUAGGAAACAUCAAAAUAUUAGAAGAAUAUAUAAAAUAUAAAAAUGUGCUAAAUGACUAUUCAAAUAUUUUACAAGAAAAAAAAGAAAAUGAAAAUGAGCAAAUUGAGAAGGUUGCCAACUAUGUUGGAUUAACUACAAACUAUUCGAAAAAAAAAAUAAAUAAAUAA